CGACAGAGAGAAAGACAUUUUCCCUUUCGAAUUUUGAAUUUCAAGAGACGUUUUUUUGACGACGAGAAAACACUAUCCACAUACAAAUAAUAAUAAAGAAAAAGCUUCUUCUAGUUUUUGUUCCUCAUCUUCUGGUGUACAUAGAAAGAUUAAUCUGAAGCUUCACAAAAAUGGGAGAAUCUGCAGUUCUAGCUCAUUCGUAUUCCUUCGCAGCUCCUAUUACCCGUUCCGAUUCUCAUGAGGAUAACACGAUCCAUGCGCUUAGCCAAUCAAUUUCCUUUGGGAAGUUCAUGUCAGAGAAUCUCGAAUGGGGCAAAUGGUCAACUUUUUCACACAAGAAGUACGUCGAAGAAGCUGAGAAGUACUCUCGUCCUGGCUCCGUUGCUCAGAAGAAAGCUUUCUUCGAAGCUCACUACAAGCGAAUAGCCGAAGCCAAGAAAGCUGCAACGGAAGAACAACCAACGGUCACGCCUGCUGAAGUCUUGCUUCACGCUUUGGAGACACAGCCUCCGUUGAGUUUGUUACCAGAGGAAGAGACACUCGAAAGGAACAAAGAGGAGGUUCUUGUUGUUGUGGAUGAUCCAUUGGAAGAGAAGAAGACGAAGAAGCAAGAAGAAGAAGAGGAUUGUUCUGUGGGUGAAAAGGAGAAAGUGAAAACCAAGAACAAACCGGUGUUUAGAUUGUCUUUGGAGAAAACAAUCCCUCCUGCUAAACCUAUAGAGAUUGCUUCAUCAGAUAAAACAAGUGAAAGACAGAUGAUGAUCCAGAGUUCAGGGGUUCAACGCCAGAAAUUCAGUUUCUUGAACUGUUUCAUUGGUAAUGCUAAAACUAGAGAUCAGAAUCAGAACAUGAGAAAGACAGAGAAGAAGAAUCAAAAGAAGAAGCAGUUUAUGUGUCUUUGUUUGAAGCCAAAAAAUGUAAGAGAAUCAUAAUAAUAAAGACAAAGAAGAUUAAAGAAUACAACUUUGAAGGAAGCAGCUCUACACAAGUCUGCCAAAUGGCAAAUGGGAGAAUAAAAAGAUUGAGUUCAUAGUUCGAUCAAGCUACUUAAUCACGUAGAUGGCACCGAUUACACCCUUUUAUCACCUGUUUAAAAGAGUCCGAGUGCAUUAGGAAGAAGAAGAAGAAGAAACACUAGAACUAGCUUCUUUUGUUUAAGUGUACUUUUGAUUUCUAUCUACUUAUGUAAUGAAAAUACAACUUUAGUUUCUCUUUUUGGUCUGAAUCUUUAUCUUUAAA